AUGAUCCCUCCACUCACAACGGCACUCCCACUCCCAGUUCACCCGUCGAAUAAGGGUAAAGGCACUCGUCGCCCAAUAUCCAGCACCACCACCAGCACCACCAGCCUUCUGCAGCAGCGAUCCCCGUCGUCCGAGUCCCCGUCCCAAUCCCAAUCCCCGUCCCCCGCCGGGCAACCCACCACCGCCGCCGCCAACACCACCGCCAACACCAAAACCAAAACCACCACCGCUCGCAAGCUGGCGUCAACCUCACCCCCAAAUUUCAAAAUCUCUGCUCGCACAGCUCAGAUCGCUCGACAUCUUUCGAGUACCUCUUCUCCCCCAGACAGCAGCACACACUCCUCCCCCGAACACACAGCCAUGGCCUCCCAAUACAAGGUCAGAAAGAUCGGUGCGCCCAACACCUUGGAGCACCGCAUCUACAUCGAGAAGGAUGGCGUCCCCGUCUCGCCUUUCCACGAUAUCCCGCUGUAUGCCAACGAGCAGCAGACGAUCCUGAACAUGGUGGUGGAAAUCCCAAGAUGGACCAAUGGCAAGCUGGAGAUUUCCAAGAACGACCUUCUCAACCCCAUCCGCCAGGACAUCAAGAAGGGAAAGCUUAGAUUUGUGCGCAACUGCUUCCCCCACAAGGGUUAUCUCUGGAACUACGGUGCCUUCCCUCAAACAUGGGAGGACCCCAAUGUUGUGCACCCAGAGACCAAGGCCAAGGGCGACAACGAUCCCCUCGACGUCUGCGAGAUCGGUGAGUUGGUCGGAUACCCAGGCCAGGUUAAGCAGGUCAAGGUGCUCGGCGUCAUGGCUCUGCUCGACGAGGAAGAGACCGACUGGAAGGUCAUCGUCAUUGACGUCAACGACCCAUUGGCAUCCAAGCUCAACGAUGUCGAGGAUGUCGAGAGACACCUCCCAGGUCUGCUAAGGGCCACCAACGAGUGGUUCAGAAUCUACAAGAUCCCAGACGGAAAGCCAGAGAACCAAUUUGCCUUCACUGGCGAGUGCAAGAACAAGAAGUAUGCUACUGAUAUUGUUCGCGAAUGUGCUGAGGCAUGGGAGAAGCUCAUCACCGGCAAGGCCUCGCCCGGUGAUAUUGCCACAACCAACCUUACCGUCAAGCAAUCACCAUCCCGUGUCACCCCAGACCAACUUCCCCCCAUCCCAGCUAAUGAGAACCUCGCUCCUGCCCCUAUCGACCCUAGCGUCGACAAGUGGUUCUAUAUUAGCGGCGCUGCAGCUUAG